UUUUUUUCUUUUCUUUUUUCUUUUUUUUUAUUAAUAAAACACGCUUAAUGUCUAUGUCUGAUGGAAUCGAUUUAGAUGAAAAUACCAAAACCAAUAAUGAUACCAAUAAUGAUGAACAUACUUUUGAUAUUAAUAUUAAGGAUUUAACAGUACAGUUUGAAACCAAUAUCAUUAGUCCACCGAUAACACAGCAACAUGAUUAUGCUCAUCGACAAGGUGUUUUGAGGUCUUUCCAAGCUCCAGCUAUUGGUAAUGAAACACAAUUACGUAUCAACAAAGCAUUGGCUUGGCAGCGUAUGCAUAGGAAUCAACAAACUGAAAAAGCGCGACAAAUAGCUUUAGGAGAACUGGAUUCGGACGAAGAAUUAGAAAAUCAAUGUAGAGGAUCAAAACGAAAUCGAGAUAUGGAUGAAGAUAUAGUGAUGGAAGAUACCAAAUUUAGAUGCCUUGAUCGACCAAAUAAAUCCUCAAGCAAGAAAGAUUAUAGUAAAUUUGCAAAUCAAGUGAUGUAUGCGGAAACAAUGGAAAAUAUUCCUUCAGAUUUAUUGACAGAUUGGGUGAUGAUGAUUUGUCCUAAGGGGAAACGAUGUUUGGUCACUUCUGGAAAUGGACAAACUGUAGCAAGAGCAAGAAGUGGACGUAUUAUUAAUCGAUUUCAAUCAGGAUUACCUAAUGGAUCUAUUCAACGUGGACAUGGAUCAUCCUCUAAUUAUUGUAUUUUGGAUUGUAUUUAUGAUGCUAGCAAAUGGACAUUUUAUGUAUUGGAUAUGAUGUGUUGGAAUGGAUAUGCAAUUUAUGAUUGUGAUACGGAUUUCAGACACUUUUGGUUACAAACAAAAUUUGAUGGUGGUGAUACGAAUAAGAAUCAACUUUAUCAUUUUCAACCUUUGAUUCCUGUGCCAACAACAGAAAUAAAGAAAGUAACUCAAGAUCCAAAAGUUUACUUGACUCAAUAUCAAAUACCUUAUGAUGUGGAUGGUUUAUUAUUUUAUCAUAGACAAACUCAAUAUAUUACAGGUUCUACUCCUUUAGUUUGUUGGUUACCUUUAGAUAAUUUAUCCUUCUUGAAUAUCCCAAUUUGAAUAAAAAAAAUAUUUCAACAA